AUGCAUCCUCGACAAGCUAGCGGUCCCGGCUCCACCGACGCCAUGGAGAUCUACGAUCGUAUGCAAACGCCAAAGCACGAGCUGGACACCUCUGACACUUUGGCUGCCAUUCCUUCUGUCGUCGAUCAGCCCCAGACGCUCAUAAGUGUACCGGAAGACGCUCAGCUCGACACUGAGCAGCUUGCCUCCACCCCCACGUCCGCACCCGACGCUAGCAUCUCGCAGGUUCCACCGCACGCGACUCAACACGACAGUUCAGGCACCGGGCGUCUAGACAAGCUCGCAACGUCGUCUUAUGGCCUGGUUCAGCCAGGUGGUCGUCCCGAUGCAUCGUCGCGCAGACCCUCUGAUGUCUCGAAGCCGCUCCCAGGUCUACCAGCCGUCGGCCCGACCAAUGCAGAGCAAACGUUUCUCCCGCCAACUAGCAACAAUGGCGCUGCCUCGUCCAUUCUACCUCCUUCAUCUUCUUUGUUCAUGGGUGGUCUUGUUGAUCAUCGCGUUCCGCAAGCCAUAGACACUGUGCCGCCACAGCACAUUCCGCGCCUCGUCGCAGGCUCAAGUGCAUCUACCGCUGCCGCCUCGCCCUCCGCCUCGGUUUCGGCGCCGCGAACACCACCGAAGCAGACCGCCUACGACUCUCUCACUCCUGGCAUUGAAACGCUCACUAUGCCUGCCUCCACUUCGAUCGGUCCUCUUUCUCCACCGGAUUCGGACCCGCACCGUUCUAUGAUGGACAGCAAUCGCAACAGCAUCGACGACAUCCGCCGCAACCACGCCGCGAGAGCAGCAAGGCGUCAAUCGCACAAUCCUUCCUCUGCCGAUCCCCGUCCUAACAAUGGUCUCGUCGUUGACCCCACGUAUACGCCCACCCGAGCACAUGCACACUUCCAGAGUGAAGUUGCAGCUUUUGCCCCGACCUCUUCUCCCGAUCCCACGCAACGACACCGUAGAGGUAUGGCUUCCGAGCCUCCGCGCCCCGCCAGCGUAUUGGAGACCCGUGCCGCACGAAUGGAAGCUGUCCAGCGUCAUCAGCAGCACACGCGCGUCGACGAAGGCAGCAGCGACACCUUUGACGCUGCCGACACUUAUGCCUCGUCGCGCGACACGCAUGUCGACCGUGCCUCCCCGCAGCAUCUACAGCUGCGGGCCGUGCGAGAACAAGAGCUCGAACGCGAACGCGAACGUGAACGACAGCUCGAACAGCAGCAACAGCAACAGCUGCAGCUUCGAGAGCAGCAACGUCAGCGCGAGCGUGAACGGGUGAAGGAAAAGGAGCGCGAGAAAGAGCGCGAACGCGAAAAGGAGAAAGAGCGCGGCGAUCGUGAUCGUGAUCGCGAACGCCGCAGUCGACGUCUGCUCGGCGACUAUGCGCUCGGUAAGACGCUAGGUGCUGGAAGCAUGGGCAAGGUCAAACUCGGCGUCAAGAUGGGCAAUGGUGAAAAAGUGGCCAUCAAGAUCAUCCCGCGCCAUACCUCGAUGGCCGCUGCGCAGUCUCCGCGAUCUGCUGUGGACGAACACGGCAAGCCUCAGCCGCCUCCCCCGCCUCCUACCGCCUCGUUUUUAGCUAAAGCCGCCGCCAAGGAUCAGUCCAAGGAGAUCCGCACCAUCCGAGAGGGCUCGCUCCAGAUUCUGCUCCACCACCCUUACGUCUGCGGCAUGCGCGAGAUGAUGAUCCACACCAACCACUACUACAUGGUCUUUGAGUAUGUCAACGGCGGUCAGAUGCUCGACUACAUCAUCAGCCAUGGCCGCCUCAGGGAGCGAAGCGCGCGCAAGUUUGCUCGUCAGAUCGGCAGUGCCCUCGAGUACUGCCAUCGCAAUAGCAUCGUGCAUCGCGAUCUCAAGAUUGAAAACAUCCUCAUCUCCAAGACGGGCAACAUCAAGAUCAUCGACUUUGGUCUCAGCAACCUCUUUUCGCCUCACUCGCACCUCUCCACCUUCUGCGGCUCGCUCUACUUUGCUGCACCCGAGCUGCUCAACGCCAAGGUCUACACCGGUCCCGAAGUCGACGUUUGGUCCUUUGGCAUUGUGCUGUACGUUCUCGUGUGCGGCAAGGUGCCCUUUGACGACCAGAGCAUGCCUGCUCUGCAUGCCAAGAUCAAGCGUGGACAGGUCGAGUAUCCUGCCUGGCUCAGCGGCGAGUGCAAGCACAUCCUAUCGCGCAUGCUCGUCACCAACCCUGCCAAUCGCGCUACGCUCGCCGAAGUGUUGGCGCACCCGUGGAUGGUCAAGGGCUACGAAGGAGCGCCCGAUCCGCAUCUGCCCGAGCGCACACCGCUUCGCCCGCACAACCUCGAUCCGGAAGUGAUCAAGGGUAUGACUGGCUUCGAAUUCGGCACGCCCGAAGCCAUCACUGCCAAUCUCAUCGAGGUGCUCACCAGCGAAGCGUAUCAAGCCUCGCUGAAUCACUGGGAGCUCAAGAACGUCACCCACAGCCUGCACGCUCUCAGCACCGGUGGUAACAGCGGCUCGUCGCUUGACUCGCCUGCGCUCAACAGGCUCUCGACCCGUGGCAGCUUCAAUGCCGCCGGCGGAUCCGACACAGUCAAGUCCAAGACGGGCUCGCGGCGCUUCUCUGGCAUCGAGUUCUACAAAAAGAAGCUCACCUCGAACCCGCUCGCAGCUGCUUUUGGCAGCAAGGACGACUCGGCUGUGGGUUCCGCCAACGGAAGCUCCAACGGACUUGGCUCGGGCACAGGCUUGAUGCCGUUCGGCAAAGAGCCGCUGGACCCGACGCGUGGCUUCCAUCCGCUCAUCUCGAUCUACUUCCUCGUCAAGGAGAAGAUGGAACGCGAGCGGCUCUAUGGUCACUCGUUCUUUGCAUCCUCGAACCUCUCUCUCAAUGGUGCUCCUGCUCCACCUGCAGGCAUUGCUGGUGUUCGAACAGGCACCGGCUCGAGAGCGGCCUCUGCUGGGGCCAUGCCUACCGCUGCCGACAUUCCGCAGGAAGCGCUUCGAGUGCCCGAGGCGCCGCACGUGUCGCAUCGAGCCUAUGAUCCUUCCCGCCAGGAAGCUGCGCUGACCGCUCCUGCACCGCCACGCCCAGCAGCGGCCAUGAUGCCGGCACCUGCUUCGCCAACGCCCGUGUUCGAUUCGCGUGAAAAGUCGAGACCCACGGGAAUGAUGGCUGGACCGCCUCGGGCCCGCGCCAACGCAGAGGAGAUGGAAGCAGCCUUGCGUGAACAAGGUCUGCCCUCGCCCAACGAAGCUCCGUUCUCGUCCAGCAUCAGCGGUAUGACACCGGUGCCAGCCGCCAGCACUGCCGGGAAGCGGCAAUCGUUCUCGAUGGCCCCCGCUGGAGCCGAGAUGCCGGUACCUCAAAGUCACCGUCAUUCAAUGAUGGUGCCGGAUACCAGCAUGGCCAUCGCCAACAACCACAGGAGGAGCGUCAGCCUGACGGCUCGUCGUCCUUCGGGCGCAGCUCAAACUGUUCGAACACCCAUUGCUAGGACUGCCGAAGUUGCCGAACCGGAAGCUGCCGGCAUGGACAGUAGGAGAAUGUCGACCAUGUCUCCUGCCCGCUCGGACAGGAGAGGUUCGUAUAUCAACACGCCUUCCAGGUCCGAGGCCGGCACAGUGACCUCGUCUCCAGCUCCAGCUGCGGCCAACACCAGCUCGACGUUGGGCUAUGGUGCCACAUUGGCUCGUCGUUUCAGCUCGUUCAUGACUCGAUCGCCAUCGCAGCCUCUGGAUGCGGAGGCUCGAGAACGAAAAAAGCAGAGCAGGAUGAGCAUGCCCCUCGGCAUGACGCCACCGCAGCAGCAGCAACAGCAGCAACAGCGAAGAGGCAGCACACAUAUGCCGUUGAGCGGAGUCGAGGAAGCGGACAAUGGUACGGAUGUGGAUGCUUACGAUUAUGACGAGGCCGAGGAGCACAUAGCUGCACACGAUGAAGACGUUCCACUCGGGAAUGGGACCACGGUACGUCGUUCCGGCACGUUGGGCGACAUGCCAACAUCACGCGCCAACGCGCGUAACCAUCGUCAAGCGUCGAUGGGGACAACUGCCUCUGUCGGCCGCGCUGCUGGCUUGUCCAUGUCGCCCAAGUCGACGGCGGCCGCCACUUCCAAUAGAAGGCCGAGCACUGGCAUGUCGGUGUCGACCAGCGCUCCACUCAACAUGUUUGAGGCGGGUGCAGCUGCUAGACAGGCAGAGCGCACUUCGCCGUCGCAGCAAGUGAGCCCGAGCAACUCGGGCACGGGAUGGAUGGGACCGUCAACUCCUGGACAGGCCGAGGUGCUUCCGACCUUGACGACAACGCGCCGUCGCUUCGGUGGAGGAGGUAAUUCACUGGCAGGUUCUGGCUCGCAGCAGCAGCAGAAUGGCGCGUCUGCGAGCGAAGGCGGUUCAAAACCCAUUUUCCUCAAGGGUCUCUUCAGUGUACAGACGACGUCAACUAAACCACGCACAGUGAUCCACGCGUCUCUUGUCAAGGUGUUGGACCGCAUUGGCAUCCAGUACCGAGAGAUUCGAGGCGGAUACGAGUGUGUCCACUUGCCCAGCCUCGACUUUUCUGGAACUGACUCGCUCGGUAGAGGGAAUGCGCGCAUUCCGCUCGAGAUCAUGGCAGCAGCCGCAGCUGCCGAUGCCGAAGCGGUGGCGGAGCGGUCUCCUGUUUCGGAAGAAGGCAAUCGUCAACCGAAGCGCAAGCCGAGUCGACUGUCGUUUGUAUCCGGCAAGAGCAAGGACAAGGAGCGAGCGAAUCGCAGGGAGGGCUCGGUGGCGGACAGCGUGGGAGCAAGUGCCGUCGCCAGCGGUACAGUGCGCAGCCGAACGCCGUCUCUGACGAGCAGCGCUGCAUUUACGAAUGCUGAAAGUGCCGCUGCCAAAGGUGCCGAAGCGACGUCAUCGCCGACGCUGCCGCCCAAGACGCCUUCGAAGCGAUCGCUGUUGACCAUGUCGCCGAGGCAGCGGACUGACUCGAUGGGUGCUGGCUCGAUGCUGGGGCACUCGGGAUCGCGCGAUUCAAAUUUGAUGCUCGACACGGCUGCGGGAGGAACCGCGGGAGGAACUACGGGCGGAGAUGCGUUCCCCAUGUCGCCUGUUAUGGGUGCAGCGGUAACCAGCACCGUGACAGCUAAGACGAUGAACGCCGCGCAGGCGACCGAGCUCGCUGUGCGAUUCGAGAUCUUCGUCGUCAAGGUGCCGUUGCUGCUGGGCGUCAAUGGUUUGCAGUUUAGACGAGUGGGCGGUAAUCCUUGGCAGUACCAGAUGCUGGCCAAACGCAUUCUUCAGGAGCUCAAGCUGUAG